AUGGAUUGCUCAGCUGCAGUUUAUCGCCUUGUGACUUCCGGUGUACCAGCUACUGUGGAGCAUCGAGCUGCUGCUUCGGCUUCUACGUCAAGCUCUGCUUCUGUUGUUGCUGAGUGUGUACAGAACUUCAUCACUUCCAUGGAUUCUCUGAAACUCAACAUGGUUGCUGUUGAUCAGGUGUAUCCGCUGUUGUCUGAUCUCUCUGCUUCUCUUAAUAAACUAAGUAUUUUGCCACCGGAUUUUGAGGGGAAGAUAAAGAUGAAGGAAUGGCUUUUGAGGCUGUCUAAGAUGGGAGCUUCAGAUGAACUCACGGAGCAGCAAGCAAGGCAACUUCACUUUGACCUCGAGUCAUCCUAUAACUCUUUUAUGGCUGCUUUGCCUAACGCUGGGAAUUGACCGAUGUGCCACUAGAGAUUGAUGUGUGUUUCGGUUUAUUUUGUAUAACUUGGCUUGAUGUAGUUUACAAUGAUGGCUUUAGGACAAUGAUUUUUGUUUUAAGACAAUCUGCUACAUUCGGGAGAUGAAUGUAUGUAGACAAAGCAAGGCCUUUCCUUUUGUUAUGUGAAGUUCAUGCCAAUCCAGAAAAUUGUUAUCGAAAUGUAAUGUAUGAAAAACUAAGCUUUUACAUUA